UUCAGUGGAUGGAGACACCUGUCCCUCAGAAAGUCCAGGAGCCCCCUACGAGCUUUGAAGAAUUCUUAAAGUCUCAGAACUGGGAUUAUUGGCCCAGGGAUGUUCAUUAUAGAGAUGAUGAUGCAUGGGAAGACACUCUGAAAAAACUAGAAGAGGCUCUUUCAUAUACUUCUAUUUAUUCUUAUUUGUGGACCAAUGUUCCUCGACUCUAUGAAAUCGUUGACAGCCUGGAGUCAAAAUUAAAGGAAUCUUCACGUCUUUUGCAACACCAUGCCUCCAGAUUAUUUGAAAGUGACAGAAUGAUUUCCAAGAAAUGGCCAUAUCCAAACCUGGAACGCUACAAGGCAUUUAUAAAAGAACACUAUAGACCAAAGAAGAUAGCGCUUUCAGAUCAAAUGGAGACAGAGAAGAAUAUAGAGGGUUGCACCUUUAUAUUCAAACAAAGUGAACCGACACAAUUACCCAGACAUUUGGAUGCUAAACAGAUUUAUCUUUUUGUUUUAAGAACCUAUAACUUUGAGGAGAAGGUGUUUAAAGUCUGGAGAACCCACGUUCUCUCAGACUGCUCCAUUGCUCUUUUGCAUGACUCCUUUUGGUGGUGGUUUCUACAUAAAUUCAAGCCUGACAAAAGAGAUCAAGAUUUCUUGUUUGACAGAAUCGCAGAAAAUUAUGUCAUACUUUUCAUAAAAAUACCUCUAAGGAGAAAGGAUGCAUUCUUUCAGAUGUAUCCUGACUGCUUGACUCAAGCUAUCUACACAACCUUCCAGGAAUCCUUUCCAGAAUCCAGCAGCUUCUUCAAUGAUAACUUCAAAGAAGACCUAGGAAAUACUAUUUUUCUUUGGUUGUCAGGUCUAAAACCUGACACUGGCUUUUGGACCCACUGGAAACUGCCAGACCUCUGCACAACUGCCAUUCAUGGCAGCAGGCGUGUACCUGUGAACUUGAAAAAGAGUAUCAUUUCUGACCAGGAGCACACAUCAGCCUGUGUAAGUGACAGACAUGAGACACUGACCCUUGCACAGGAGAAGGUGACCCCUGUGAACAGGUCAUUCAACCUAAAGGAGCAGAGAACCACUGACUUAGAUGGUCAUGAACAACUAUGA